AUGGGGAAACCCUUGAAGCUGCUGGUAAUUUGUGUCAUUGUACUUAGUGCGCUUUUUGUGUACGCGACAAGGAGUCGCUUCACGUGGGAAGUGACAGGGAUUGAUAAUAACCAGGACCAGAGAAUGGUGGAUGAACACGAUGUUCAGGAAGGAAAGGAUGAUCUCCUUUCCAACAGUACAUGGAACCCCUGUACAUUUGACAUCUGUUUCAACCUAGAGAAAUGUCCAUUCACCCACCCAUUCGCCACCUAUGUGUACGAUGAUCUGCUUACGUCUUCCUCGAAGGAAAAUCCAUUUUCUCCUCAACUUUUAGUAGAUGUCUUGAAGGAGACAGGUUCAUACACCUCUGACCCUACUAAAGCAUGUGUGUUUUUCAGUAUUCUUUGGAACAGAGAAAGUGAAAGAGAAAACGUUGGCCACCUGGAGACACAAAUUCACUCCCUGGCACAGUGGGGGGAAUAUGGUGAAAACCACAUUCUGGUUGAGCUGUCCACUGACCAGAGCCCUGGCCGCAGCAUGCUGGAAGGUGUUUCAACAGGGAAGGCUAUCAUUGCACGGAGUGUCAUCUCACCAGCCAAGCUGUUCCGUACAGGCUUUGACAUCCUUCUCCCUCCACUCAGGACGGCAGAGGCAGACUCGAUGGAUUUGCUAUCCCCUCUCCUUCCUGUCUCCCGAGAAACUUUUAUCCACUUCCACGGAGAACACUCUCCACAUCAACACCGAGGCCCUGGUGCUAUCACUCCAGAACACAUCAGAAGUCUCCAGCAACUCUUAAAAGGUAAAGAGAGAGUGGACAUUCAGCUCCAGUGCCAACAGCCAGCCACCGGGAAGACAAAGAGGGCAGUGGAGGGGCAGUGGAUGUUGUGUGGAGACCAGAAAUCUCGACUUGAGCUCUGUUCCAAGUCUAUGUUCUCCCUCGUCCCAAGUCCAGGUGGCCCUAACGCUGGAACAGGAGUCGGUAUCUAUACUAGACUGAUAGAGUCUCUGAUGUGUGGCUCUAUACCAGUUGUCGUUGGAGUAGGGGUUCUCCCAUUUGACGAAGUAAUUGACUGGAGUCGGGCAGGACUCAUUGUUCCUUCUGGCCGGUACUCUGAUAUCCUCUACAUCCUGCGUAGUGUUAGUUCAGGUGACAUUCAGAACUUCAGACUCAAGGGCCGACAUUUGUGGUACACCUACUUCAGCUCUCCACUGAGGGUUGUCCAGAUUGCUGUAGCCAUAGUGAGGUCACGGACUCUCCACCCACCUCCCCCUGCUCCUCACUUUGUUGGGAAGCAGCUCCUUUACUUCCCUGCCCCCCACCACAAGCAGAUUACCUCUCCUUCCUUCACCAAUGAUUUCACUGCCUACUCGUGGAGUUUCUGGAAUGAUAUCCCAGGUCCCCUGUUUUCCUACCCUUCAUCCCCCUUCAAUCCUGGAUUGCAUUUCAGUAGAUUGAACGAGGUCGCAGUUGCUCACAGUGCGUCGCAGUCAGCGAAAGGACGAGCUGCCAUAGAGUCAACUUUCAAGAAAAAUUUUCUUGUGAAUGUACCUCCUGAGCAGUUUACUGUGGUGAUAAUAACUUACAAAAGGAACGAAGAACUGAUGGAGGGGCUUGCACACCUUAAAGGGAUUCCUUCCCUAAACAAAGUGGUAAUUGUCUGGAACAAUGAGGAUGACCCAUCUGCUGACCUGAAGUGGCCCGAUAUUGGAAUACCUAUUGUGGUGGUCCGUGGUAAAGGUAACAGUUUGAACAAUAAGUUUCUGCCCUACAAGGCGAUAGAGACCGAAGCUGUGUUGCAACUUGACGAUGAUGUCCUUAUGGCUCCUGAGGAGAUAGAAUUUGGUUUCAGGCAA